AUGGCGCCAAACUCUUCUGAGGGCUUGCCUAUCCCACAUCAGCAGCACUCCAGGAGGACAGGACUGAACAUGUUCAGCCCAGAUGCUAGGGAUGAGUCUGGAGCAGCCUCGCAGACAAAUGAGAAGGUUGCAUGGGAUACUCUGUGGAAGAAUGUAGUGGAAGAGAGAAUUGAGGAAGGGGUCCAGAAAGGCACUGCUGGGGACUGUGGGAAGGUGGAGAAUAUGAAAGGAGGAAGCACUCUGUCGCUUGAAAACUUACCAGCUACAGGCAACAUUACAGAAAAUUCUCCAGCCAAUGCUUUGGUUUAUGUGUUCAGUGUAAAGUUGUCACCAUCUUGUGCAGAAGUAGCUGUAGGAUAUCCUAUCAUAAUAAAUUCAAAUCCACUUACAGAUGCUUUUCAGAUUGUUCCUGAAAGUAAACUUGUAUACAGGGUUGUUACCACUGAAAAUCCUAUCCUGGAUUAUGAAACUAUGCCACAUCUUUUUGAUCUGCAGAUCUAUGUUAUGGAUACAGCUGGAGCAACUGACCUUCAAACACUUACUGUCAAAAUAGAAGAUGUUAAUGAACCCCCUAUGUUUCAAGGCAAUAUGGCAACACAAUCUAUAAUGAUCUAUAUCUUAGAGGGAAGUGGAGCCGGAAAUAUUUACCAAAUUGAAGCAAUAGAUCCUGAAAGGAAAGAACUUAAGUAUUCAUUGACCCCUGCAUCAGACCUAUUCAUUGUGUCUAACAGUGGAACCAUUUCAACCACAAGACAAUUUGAUUAUGAGAAAGAUCAGCAUAGUUACUUUUUAAAUAUAACCGCGACAGACAACUUAGGGCUGAAAACUACUGGAACUGUGAUAGUCAACAUAAUUAACAUCAAUGAUGAAGCACCGUAUUUUACCAUGAAACAGAUAAGUUACACGAUUCCCGAGGAACAGCGUCCAGGAACUAUUGUUGCCCAUAUAACAGCUAAAGAUCCAGAUGAUGAAGGCUUUAUAAGCAGAUUGACCUACAGCAUCAGUCCUCCUAAUGAGUAUUUCUCCAUAAACCCACUAACUGGUGUCAUCCAAGUGGCUAAACGAAUAGAUCGCGAAGCUUCUACAUUCCAGCUACAUCCAAGAAUCUCAUUGUUAAUACAUGUGGAGGACAGUCCCAGGGGUGGACAAAUGAACGAAACAGAGAUAACAAUUAUUAUUGAAGAUAUCAAUGACAACCCACCAGAAUGCAAGCAGUAUACCUUCAGCUCUAAGAUACCUGAAACAGCUACCCCUGGGACACUUCUCUUUGCCCUAAGAGAUUACUGCUACGAUAAUGAUGUUGAGCCACCAAACAAUAAAUUUAACUUCACAGGAUUGUCUGGACUUGGAAGUAAUACAUUUACACUGGAUCCAGUUGGCUCAGGAAUAGUUGUGGUCACUAGAGAUCUGAAUUUUGAAAACCCAGCUAAUCAAGCAAUGAAGGAUGAAUAUUCUUUGACAGUUGUGGUGCAAGAUAUUGCAUGGCCUAAUUAUGCGAAUAAUAUCUACAUUUACAUUAAAAUACUUCCAGUGAAUGAGUUUCUUCCAGUUUUUGACAGUUCAUCAUAUGUAUUUAAUGUUCCAGAAAUUACUCCAGCUACAUCUAAAAUUGGAAAAGUGAGUGCCACAGACAAAGAUUUGCCAUUCGCUGGAAUUACAUAUUCUAUUGUAGGUGGGGGUGGCACUUUUGGUUACACAAAUAUAUUCUGGAUUGACCCAGAGAAAGGAGAUAUGAAAAUUAUAGCUACAUUGGACUAUGAAACAACUCAGAGGUACAUUCUCACAGUGCAAGCCUCUGACAGUGAGAAGACUGCUACAGUUUCUGUAACUGUCAAUGUUCUUGAAGUGAAUGAUGAAAAACCAGUUUGUACACCCAAUUCCUAUUCACUUGCAGUUCCAGUAGACCUAGCUGUUGGAACCAAUAUUGAAGGUUUCAGUAUAUUGUGUCAUGAUCCUGAUUCUAGUCCCAGAUCUUUCCGUUAUUUUAUCAACUCAGGCAACAUUAAUAACCAUUUCACUUUUUCACCAAGUGCUGGCUCCAACAGCUCUCGGUUGAUUCUUGUAUCCAGGUUUGACUAUGAAAAUGGUUUGGAUACAACCUGGGCCUACAGCUUGCGCAUCUACGUAACAGAUGACAAUUUGCUGUCCGGUAGUGACAGGGCAACAGUCCAUGUUGAAACUGGAACAGUGACAUUAAGCAUCAAAGUUAUCCCAAACCCAGCUACUCUCCUUCCUGCUACACCUGGUUUUACACUUCUGAUCAGAAGAGAAAACACUUUUUCUGCAUCAGCCUGGUAUGUGCCCUUUGUCAUUUGCCUUGGAAGCAUGCUACUCCUUGGCGUUCUUGGGUACUUAACCUUUCUUCUGGCGAAGUAUAUCCGUACCAACUGCCCACCAAAACCCAAGGCAGAUAAACACAUGCUGACAAAAACCCCAGAAAAAAAGAAUCCCAAGAAAGAAAUUGUAUUGGAAAUGACCAAGUUAAACACCGUCUUCGAUGGAGAAGCAAGAGACCCAGUCACUGGCAAAAUGUAUGAAUUCAAUUCAAAAUCUGGGGCCCGGAGAUGGAAAGAUACAAAGGUGUUGACUGAGACAAAAAUAACAGAUCCAGUUGUACAGGUAAUUUCAAGUGCCACAGCCAAAGGCGGGGAAGAGAAAGAUGGAACAGGGACUCCAAGCAAAAAAGAGGCUGGGGUUGAUGAGAAGGCACCAGAAGUGGAAAACAUGGCAGCCAAGCCCACAGAAGGGAUGACAGACACUUCUGGCCAGGGCAAUCUGAAACUACAGGAGCCAAAAGAGAGAGCUUUAAGCAGGGGGUCACUCUUGACAGUCCCCCCACAAAGAUCACCAGUCCUCUUUCCCAAAAUAUACCCCCCAAUUGCCGCCAAAAUCAGCCUUAAACAAUGA